AUAAAUUAUGCUAUUUUGGGAAAUUUGGAAAUUUUCAUAUUAUAAUAAUCGGCCAGACUAUGUCAACGACGAUGACAUCUUCAGUGCGGGAGUGUGUGAGUGUUUGUGUGUUUGUAUGUAUGUGUCUCUGACUCAUUAUCGAUGCCAUGCACACAAUAUGCCAGAAACUUGUUUCUGCUGCUUCUGCUGCUGCUCUCUCUCUCUUUUGUUGGACUUGGGUUUGGAUUUUGGUUGGUCUUGGAGUUAGUUGUAGUUACCCAUCAGCUGUGCAAGAGACGACAAGUGAAAUGCAAUGCCACUCAUCAAUAGUUUAUAGAUCAAAGGCAUGUAUCGAAAUGCUUUGUGCCUGGUUUUGGGCCUGAUUAUAGGCAUACGUUUAACGGAUAUCUUUGUCUAUAUGCGUCUAACAAGCGAAAAUGAUAUGCUAUAUAUAGAGACACCUGCCGCCACGCCCCAAGUGAUGCCAACUGAAUCCGUAAACAUCCAUAACGAUGAACACAAUGACUUGGCUUCUCUGCUGUAUAAUGAAACGCGAGUGUUUUGCAUGGUCUUGACCAUGCCCAAAUCGCAUGCAACCAAAGCGGCUGGGGUUAAACGAACUUGGGGCAAACGUUGCAACAAACUCAUUUUCCUUAGCAGUGAAGAUGAUGCCGAAUUGGGGGCAGUCAAUCUGCAUGUUAAGGAGAAACGUGGAAAUCUUUAUGCCAAAGUGCGAGCGGGUUUUGCAUAUGUUCAUGAGCAUUAUGGUGAGGAUUACGAUUGGUAUCUGAAGGCCGAUGAUGAUACUUUUGUUAUUAUGGAGAAUUUGCGAUGGUUUCUAUAUCCCUUCGAUCCAGAUGCUCUUGUCUUCUUUGGCCAUCGGUUUCGUUCCAAUUUCCCUCAGGGUUAUAUGUCCGGUGGGGCCGGUUACGUCUUGAGUCGAGGAGCUUUGCAACAGCUAAAUCACAUUGGUUUCAAAAAUUCCAUAUACUGUCCCUCAAGUAAAUUAUCGGAGGAUAGACAUUUGGGUUUAUGUCUUAGUCUUGUGGGCGUAGUGGCUGGCGAUUCGCGGGAUGAGAAGGGUCGUGAGCGUUUCCUACCCAUGGCCCCAAAGCAUUUACUGCCACAUACACCGCAGGGCACAUGGUUGGACAGAUAUUAUUUCUUUAGACCCCAAUCGAGCGAUAUUACAUCGGAUACUGGCAUUAGUUUUCACUAUGUCACUGCAAUGGAGAUGCAUCUGUUCGAGUAUUUCAUGUAUCAACUAAAUAUCUCCGGCCUGCCCUUAAUACAGAAAAAGCUGCCACCUCGUUUGACCAUUCAAGAAAUGCAAGAAAAACUAAACUUUUGGGCCAAGCUGCGUACAAAUAAUAAUCUUCAAUUAGUCCAUGAACAAAGCACAAGUGUUAACUAAUCUUAAGUUAACUUAAUACUUAAUAGUUCGGUUUAAUAAUUUUCAAGUACAUAUACUCUAAUGUUUGAUUAAUUUUUAUAUAUUACUAAGACUGAUCUGGUAGUUUAAACAAAUAUAACUUAACCCUUUGGCAUUUUACUGGUAA